AAGGCCUAAACACCCAUUGGGUACCAUGGGGCUUUAGGGGGGCCACACAGACUCUGGCGAGUGAACACGUGUGCAUGCAACAUGCACACAUUCUGGCUCCGCCUACGAGAUCCGCCGGGUCGUACCUCCGCGUUCGACAGUCAGAGACCGUCUACCACCAACGGAUAAUCACAACAUCCAUAGCCAAGAGAAAAAUUUCUCCUGGGACGGGACUGGAACCCGCACAGCGCACGGACUACUGCGGCCACCGCUGCUGCCCAUAUGCCAACCAAGGUUUGCGUAUAUGAUUUUUGA